AUGCAAGCGCGUGGUACACCGGUCCCACCGAUUAAGGGUAUACCCAUUCUCUUGUCUGCAGGCGAAACAGAGAGCGAAGAAGUCAAUGCCUUCGUCCGCUGGGUGCAUAGCAAACGUCGUCUCAGCGGGAUGUCUGCUCUGAGAGCUAGUGCUAGUGUGGCUGAUGUGCAUCUCGAACGCAAGAUUCGGUAUGACGAUGCCAAAAUUAAGGCCAGAGACCAAUUGCGUAAUCCCACGCGACAUACUUCGGCUACUACGGUAGCCGCGGGUGCUGGUCAAACUAUGACCACCAACCCGCCAACCCACACCACUAGUGGUGGGAAACGGCCUCGGUCUCAAGAUGACAUUGGCCACGAUGUUCAAAAGCCUUCAAAGCAUAUGGGCAGUCUUGCCGAAGGGGUACCUCGUAUUCCCAUGAGUUUUCAGACUCAGGUACCCACGCCACUUUACCAUAUACUGGUAUUGGCCAUGAUAACGGCGUCGUUUCAGUAG